GGACUGUGGGGUGCAAAUGGAAACUGCAAUGUCCAGACCAGUUGUCUCUCCAACCCAUGUCAGUGCUACAGCUUCUGAAACAUUCACAGUACUUCAGCAAAGGAUGAGAAUAGUUGAGGAACAGACCAGUUCUCUGAGGGAUGACCUAAUAAUGUUGGACUUUGGUGAAAAAAGAGGCCAGUUUGAAACUCCAAAAUGUUUAGAAGGACCUGUGAACCAGAACCUCAUUAGUCCUAUCCAGAGUGAAGUAACUUGCUCAGGAAAAACAGACAUUUUAUGGAAGAACUGUGAGUUUCUGGUAAAUCGAAUGUGCCAUCUGGAAAAUCUCAUCCAGUCCUUGAAGAUGAACAUCUUUCGUCUGCAAACUGAAAAGGAUUUGAAUCCACAGAAAACAGUAGCUUUUCUGAAGGAUCGACUGAGUACAAUACAGGAGGAGCACUCCAAGGACCUGAAGCUGUUGCAUCUCGAAGUGAUGAAUUUGCGCCAGCAACUAAGAGAUGUAAAAGAGGAAGAAGACAAGGCACAAGACGAAGUGCAAAGGUUGACUGCCACUGUGGAGUGCGCCUCAGAGACAAAGAAGAAUUCAGCUAUUGUUGAAGAGGUACUGAAGACCACAAAACGCAAAAUGAACCUUAAAAUUCAGGAGCUAAGGAGACAGCUGUCUCAAGAGAAGUACCUGAGGGAAUCCCUUGAGAAAUCGGGAUCGGCCAUGCUACUCAGAAUACAGGAAAUGGGGUCAACAGUGGAAGUGGAACGGAAACAGGUGCAAAUUUUGCAGCAAAACUGCCUUGCGCUACGCAGUUCUAUGAAGAGUACCCAAGAACUACUGGCACGGGAGCAACAAAAAAAAGGAGAGUUGGAGACGGGUAUCUCACAACUAAAGUCUGAUCUAAUUUGUAGAGAUGACCUCAUUUCCAAGUUGGUAGAAGAAAAUAAGAAUGUGCAGAUGUCUUUCAACAAGGAACAUGAAGAAAAUGCAUAUUUGAGAUCUGAAAUAAUAUCCCUUCAUGAAGCAUCAGAAAAAGCACAGGUAGAACAGAAAAUGAUGACACAGACAUUUCAAGAACAAAACUUACUGCUGGAUGCAGCCCAUGCCAGUGUCUCAAGUGAGCUACAGACUGUUCAGAAUGAGAAAACUCAACUCCAAGUACAUCUGGACCACUUAAUCCUUGAGCAUAACCAGUAUAUCCAGAAAGUACAGGAUGCUGAGAAGAGGACAGCAAUGCAAAAAGAGCUGCUAGAAUCAACUAUUGCAAGAUUGAGAGGUGAAUUGGAAGCCUCAGUGCAAGAGAAGACGUCUCUGCUAGAAGAGAAAGAAAGACUUCAGAGAGAGGUUAAUAAAACCGAGAAAGAAAUAGCACAAGAAAAACGCAAUUUGGAAAAGGAAUUAGCUAAAAGCAAGGCAGACGUAAAUGUAUUAACUCACAACCUACAGACCCUAGAGGAAAAGAAUAAGCUCCUGGCAGAUCAGAUGGCUUCCCUAGGACUUCAACAAGAGACUUCUGAUUACCAUGGGCUCGCCCAGCAGCAGGUGGAUGUGGUCUUGGGGAAAAUUACUGAGAGUAAAAAUAAACUGGCCUAUGAAAAGGGAAAACUCCAGAUAAAAGUUAAACAGCUGGAAGAACAGCUACAUUCUUUUACUGAAACUUGUUCACAGAAUGACCAUCUACGCAAGUUGAAUAAGGCUCUAGAAGGCAAAUAUACUCAGGUAAAAUCCAUUCUUGAAAAGAAUGAAGAGGAGCUCUCACAAGCCGUGAGGUGUCGUGAUACAGCCCUGAAAGAGAGUCAGAAGUUGAAAGAGGACCUCGAGGCUUUAGAGGACAGAGAGAACAAGAAGGUGGGAAACUUUCAGCGACAGUUGGCAGAAGCUAAAGAAGACAACUGCAAAGUUACAAUCAUGUUGGAGAAUGUGCUGGCUUCUCACAGUAAGAUGCAAGGUGCUCUGGAAAAAGUACAAAUAGAGCUUGGGCGGAGGGAUUCAGAGAUUGCAGGCCUCAAGAAAGAAAGGGCUCUAAAUCAGCAGAGGGUUCAGAAGCUGGAAGCGGAAGUGGACCAGUGGCAGGCCAGAAUGCUUGUCGUGGAUGCACAGCACAACAGUGAGAUGGAGCCUCUACAAAAAUCUCUAGAUGUGGCUAGAGAAGACAACAGGAAACUGGCUAUGAGCCUGGAGCAGGCUCUCCAGACAAAUAAUCAUCUGCAAACAAAGCUUGACCAAGUCCAAGAGAAAUUGGAAAACAAAGAACUUGAACGACAGAAUUUGGAAACCUUCAAAGAACGGAUGACGGAGGAAUCCAAAAUGGAAGCAGAACUGCAUACUGAACGCAUGGAAGCUCUAAGAAAGCAGUUUCAAACGGAGAGAGACACUGCAAAGAAAGCAGCACAACGGGAAAUGGCUCAGCUGAAGAAAGCCCUUGAUGAAGCCAACUUCAGAUCAGUGGAAGUAUCCCGGACCAACCGAGAGCUGCGGCAGAAACUUACAGAGCUGGAAAAGCUACUGAACAGUAGCCGGGAGAAAAUAAAGAAUCAAAAGUCCCAAAUUAAACUUCACUUGUCAGCUAAAGCACAUAAUACUCAGAAUAUAGAGAGGAUGAAGCAAAUAGAAACAGAAUUGAGGCAAAUGGAGCUGAUUAAGGAUCAAUAUCAGAAAAAAAACUAUGAACAGUCACUGAGUAUCCAGAAGUUUGUAUCUGAGAUGACCAACCUACAGAAGGAGAUGCAGCUCCUGGCCAAGAGCCAGUAUGAUACGUCAGCACGGAACAAACAGCAAGAGCUGCUACUAGAGGCAGAGCAGAAAAUAAGGCAGGAACUUGAGAAUCGGUGCCAGGAAUUGGAAGAAACUGUCAGACACCUGAAGAAAUGUAAAGAGGCAACAGAGAAUAAACUGAAAGAAGCCAGUGUGGAAUCUGAACAGAUAACAGCUAACCUGGAAGAAGCUCACCGCUGGUUUAAGUGCAGGUUCGAUGGCCUACAGCUUGAGAUGACAAAAAACCGGUUGCAGAGGCUUCCCCGGGAAAACAGGUGGCGGGAAGAGGACCAAGACAAAAGGCAAGACGUCAUGUCGAACCAGUCUGUUCUACAUCGGUGGGAGAGUAAACAGAAUGGUAGACUUGUGACUAAGAAGUGUCGUUCUGAACUAGAGAGAAAGUGAUGUCCUUGACAGAGGAGCUUCUUCAUUUAUAGCGACACCGCCGUUGAUUCCCUGAGCCCAGCCGCUAGGGGUCUCCUGUUUCCACAGUCAUCAGAACAUGAAGUAUUUGAUGUGGGCUAAAGAUUUGGGACCUGAGUUUAUCCUUUUAUGAACUCUGAUAUCAAUA